CCGAACUUGAACUCACGGAGAUACCGGGGUAGGGGUCCACAAGAAAUCUGUCCCCUUGGGUAUGAGAACUAAGACACAACGGCUUCAACGCGCUGGUAUUGCUCUAUCCUACGCAAUUUGACCCUCUGUUGUGAUAUGUUCGUGAUCUUGAGUAUCUGCAAACACCAAUAGCUGAUCCCGAAACGGGUAACGGACCCCCGCUGGGACCACUGCUUUCGACCAAGCAGCUAACUGGACAUGGCACCACCUAAACGAAGGCUUGAUGGAGAACCGCCUAGAAAGCGGGGUCGGCCUUCGAAGGCAGAUUUGGCAGAACGUGAAAGACGUCGCGAAGCGUUGGCGCUUGGAGGAUGCGCCAGAUGCGGCGGAUGUACACGGCAGCAUGAUUGCGAACAAUGUGUUCCUUGCCAGAACAGGGCAAACCGCAUUAGGGCAUCAUCAGAUCCGAAUGGAGGCUGUUCGUCGUCCUUAUUGUCAUCCUUGGAUGGCGAAAUUUGCAUUAUGCGUAAAUGUGAAUUACUUACGGAGGACUCUGACGUAUUCAAGGCAAUUGGGGACCCGCGUUUAACCUUUCUGGGUGCGGAAGAUGUUCACACGUCACGGCCUAGAAAACAACAACCACAUCUCCGACAAACUAAACCUACUCUCACCGAAGACGAGAAGGAAUACCUGGCCAAUCUUGUCGGCAGCAAUACAAACAGGCGUCCUACCAUACCAGCUAUCCUCAAACGAAAGCGGUCAAUGACUGUUGAGCUCGGCAAUACCGUUCCGAACAGCGGGCAAUCGUCUGUCCUAACUGAUGUAAGAGCAACUUCUCAAGAAACUGCCCCAGCGAGCGGUGUAUCGACCAUCAACCAGUCUGCAAUAACAGCCGCAGUUCAAAGUGGACACCCGGUGCUUAUCGUAAAUAGCGACCAGCUUUCGCUUCUUGAGAACUCCCAAGAGAUCGUCGUUAUGCAAGGUUCGGACCCUAAAACACUCGAGGUGUCCGUGGUUCGUUUAAACGAUGAAAGUAACAGUUCAGCAGGGGCAGAGGUCUGGAUGUUGGGCCAAAACGUAGAGCAGGCAGUCGAGGAGGGAGUGUCCGUAGAGGACUUUGAUGGAACUAUUGAGUAUGACGAGGAAGAAGAUGGCUACGAUCCUCACAGAGUUCGUGCACACAUCACCCGUGGAAUCGGCGCUUUUGGGCGAAAACGGGUCAUUCCUGUAGCUGCUACACCAUCGCCAAAUGCAAGUGCUCAUGAGUUUUUAAGCCCAGAGCAACGACAUUUACUUGCGCGGAAAAAGGGACGCUCAAAGUUAUUAUCGACGCCUCGUCAGCGCAAGAGUCGAUUAUUUGUCGUCGCGGAAGAUGGAGCUACAAUUGUGAUUACCGGAGCAGCAAUCACAGAUCGCGCUCGAGCUGUCGAGAUUGCUGACGAGAAAAUGCCGUACGUCCGUGAGAAGAUGGCAAUCAUACAAAAUGCUGCUAACUUAGGAAGCGCAGGGGGCAGACAGAAGGGAUCCGGACCGAGUCGAAUAGGACAAAACAAAAACUUACGGUUGCAGCAUCAGAAAUCACAGUCUCGUGCGGAGGAUAUAGGUCCGGCUCCAGCAUCCGCCCCACAUUCAGGAGUCAAGAUCGAAGACGCGGUGGCGCAGCCUGAAGUUCCGCCUCAAAAAAGUAGCGGAAAUAGCAAUCUGGUAAUGGCACUGGAAGACUGUACGACGGACGUAGCGGAUAUGGGCUCAAUGCAAAAACUACCCAAUCAGAUCCAACUGGUCGAAAGCGAUCUUCCGCUAGCAGAAGCUGAGAACGUACAUUACCUUCUAGGAAAUUACCUCUUCAGGCAGAUGUACUCAUCACAAGAGCCUCUUCGGUGCUUGAUUUGUAAAGAUGAAGUCGUAUUUUCUCAGCUGAUCGACCUAGAGAAGCACUAUCAGAUGACUCACGAUGUUCAGACCGUUAGCGUUAAAGCUGAAUUUUCCGAUUUAGCUGUUUUUAUUUGCCUGCCAGAUGAUGUUACCGAGGAAACCGUUUUAAAGUCAACUUGUCAAUUUUGUAGCGCAACUCUUCGAACUUUGGUUGAAGUGAGAGAUCAUUACAUGUCGCGCCACCAGCGCUGCGUGAGGCACAUUUUCGAAGGUCAACUAGCCAAUCUGUCGACAUCUUUUUACUGUUCUACUUGCAAUUUCGCCUCGGCCACCUUCGACCUUCAUCAUGAACACAUGAAGACUGCGCAUCUAUCGAUGACCUUCGUGUGUCGCUAUUGUGACUACUUCACCCCCCGACCCGGCCGCCUGAAGGUCCAUGUUAAACAACGCCAUCUACACGGCCAGACAGGUCUGAAUCUCCAAUGCGUCAUUUGUUCCGUCUACGUCCACGGCCGAGACCGCCUGCUAAAGCACGUGCUGCUGUCCCACGCGGUUCAGACCGGCCCCACGAUCUGGUCCUGCUCGAUGUGUCUCGAAUCAACUACCGGCCAUGACGAUUUACUCGACCAUAUGGCGAAGUGUCCUGAGCACUUGAAACAAACAACAAACGACGACAACAAAGCAACAACAAAUGGAAACGAACUGGUAAGAUUAGAGGAGCGUGAUGACACCUUCAAGUGUUCUCAAUGCGAUCAGACGUUCACGCGCAAAGAAGAACUUGACAGGCACGCUAUUGAAGCGAAGUGUGUUCCGGACGAUGGCGACAACGACGCAGAGGGCCUGGAUGAACGUGCUAGUACGUGUUUCCUCUGUGAUUUGACGUUCAAGAACUCGGAAUUAACUGCUCAACAUUUACAUCAUGUACACAUGAAAUGGAUCAAGAGGACGGUCCGUUCCGCUGAUAAGGCGCCAGAGGUCGCUACACAGUUAUGCCCGCUCAACGAUGCCACAGAGGUAAUAAUGGAUCCAAGUGCGAUGCUAGAACAAAACGAAAUACCAACCGACGCUCAGCUAAAAGAGAUGGGCUUUCCAGAAAAGGUUGGCCAUUAUUGUCACCUUUGUAACGUCGUCAUCAAAAGCUAUACUCUGUUCUACCUACAUAUGCAUAACCUGCAUGGCAUGUUAAAAAGAUUUACGUGUGUUGUCUCCAGCUGUUCGAAUACGUUUGAUGAUAGUGCAGCAUUUCAGAUCCAUGCUGGAAUCCAUGAUCAGCGGGCAGAGCAUUUCUGCGCAAUGUGCGACCUAAUUUUCAAUACGAGCGAUGAACUGCAAGAACAUUUCAUGAGUCCGGAACAUGCGACGCAGCACAUGCGUGUACAAGAUCAAUAUAAUCGUUCUGAACCGCACAAUUACUGCUGUCGUGUAUGCCAUACGUGGCAUGGACUUAUGUCGACUUUCGUGCGUCACAUGGAAACCGAAAGCCACCAGUAUCCAUGUCAGCAUUGUGGACAGAUGUUUGUACAGCCAGCACCACGCCGGAAUCAUAUCCGUAACGUGCAUCCAGAACUAGCUCAUAUAUGCGAAAUCUGCGGAACAAGCGCCCCAUCGGCCCAGGCGUUAUGGUCUCACCUAUCACAGCACAGUGUGGUUCAUGAGUGCUCGAAAUGCCACCGGCGUUUCCUUCAGAAAGAACAACUUCUAGCUCACAUGGAAGCGCACGCCCCACCGACACCUUGUCCAUGGGAAGGCUGUAAUCGGCGGUUGAACACGAAGGUUGGAUUGUAUAACCAUCUCCGUCUUCACCGGGGGGAGUGUGAUUUCAAAUGUCCAAUUUGCGAACGAGGUUUCUUCAAAAAGAAGUAUUUAGACAUCCACCUCAAAAGCCACGAGAGCCCUAGAACUAUGCCUUCGGGCGGGGGAAUCCCUUUGUUGGGGUCGCACGGCGGCUUGCUUAAGCCUCGAGUAAAUGGCGGCGGUAGUGCCCCUGAAGUUCGGCUAAUCUGUGCCGGAUGCCUAAAAGGUUUUGAUUCAGAGAGUGACUUUAAGACACAUGACUGCAGCUCGACAUCAAUGCCUGAUCAGCAGAGAUCCGAUCAAUCAAUGAGCGAUACUAGCGAGCAAAUAAAUCUAAAUCCAUCGAUUGAGGGACAACAGCAGAACGUGGAAAAUUCCGAAGAUUUAGCAGAGUUCUUGUCAGAAGGAACCGCUGGCGGCCUACUGGAUACAUGUCAGGACAACACUGUGACAAUUCGCAAAGAUCUUGCCAGAGGGGAAGCCUACAUUACAAUGCUAGAAGCUGGAACGCAAUUCAGUCUCGAUGUUCAAGGGGACAUAGAUGGCAUCGACGAGAUGGAUGAGGAAAUGGCCGUACAGCUUGUUCGGGCUGCUGGAGGAGCUGGAGUCACACAUUUGCAGGUAGAUAAAGGCGGCCGAGCAGCACAAUAUAAGGUACUCGCCUAUCGUGAAAACAGAUUAGGUGAAGACGCCCAUGUAGACGCUUUUACACUGGAUACGGCUCAACCUGUUGAUAGUACCCAUAAACAGCAUGACAUGGACAUCAUUUUGGAGGAACCGCAGGAAAAUCUCGGAUUGUCACACCUCCCAGAUGCCGUACAUUCGAUGAACGAGCCAACUGGCGAAAAAAACGACACGCUAUCGAUGCCAGAUUUGACAAGUGCCUUAGAUUCAGUCGAGGCCUUUGCAGCAGGUGAAGAUGAACUUGAUGAGGCUGCCAGGUCGAUGGACGAACAUUUGGACCUGGUGCUGGACCAUGUGGAAAACGGGUCCGGUGAUCACGCUCUGACAGAGGCAUUCAUACAAGAUCACGUUAUGCAGGAUCCAGUGCAACACAAUGUAACUCAACACGAUGUACAAGUGCCCUCCUCACAGCCUGGAACAAUUCAAUGCAGUAGUGAUCCGAGCAGUUCUCAGUCAAUGCUCGUUACGAUCGGGAAUCAAGAGCUGGAUAUUACAGUUCCCGACGGUGUGGAUCCCCAAAGCUUCGCCUAUAGUAAUAUAGUUAAGGUAAAACAAGAGGACGGGAGUGAACGAGUACUUUUAGUGCCGGUUCUUCCAAAUGGAGAUCUCUGGAAUGAGGCCGGGAUCGCCAUCGAUGGAUUGUUAUUUGACUGCUAAAACAUCAAAGAACUUUGUUAUCCCGCUAAUACGAUGCUACUGCUGCUGCUGCUAAAUCUGAGCGGCGUUUAGUGUGCUUGUUUGGCACUACGAAAAAAUUUUAAAAACACUACGGAAAAAUGGCCUUCCUAAGAGCGGGAAGGUUUAGAUAAAUACUUAAUUGUAUCUAAUUACAAAAGUAUAUAUCCGACUCAAAUAUACGAAAGCAUUAUUUGCUAGGCUCUGCAAAAUUUGAUUUUCAGCUAAAAAAAAAUUGCUAUAAUAGUGCACUGAUGAAACAAAUUGAAAACUAUUGCCUGAUGGUGAUUUCGGGUGCUAUCCAUUUAAUCAGCAAUAUAAUACAUAACCAUAUAUAAAUAUGUUGUCUAGUUAAGGACCAAUGUGGAAAGCGUUGGUUAAACAUCGUAACAAAGCUGAAUAGGACCUAAUCGGUUAUUUUUUCGUCCGAUGAGCUAGUUAAACUGAAUACUUAACGGUCAAGUCAAUGUAGGGUACCUCUGCCAUUCCUCACGACUGAUGGAAAAGUAGCUUGUAGCCAGAUUUUUAGAUGGCAGAACUUAGUAAAACAUUUUUGGUAUGACAGGAUUUAUGAAUUGCCUGAUGUGGAUUUAAUCCAGGAAAGUACUAUGAAACAAUAAAGGUUAA